UUCGCGACUAACUGGGCCGUCACUUUCUUUUUGUCAAUUUUGAAAAAUUUUAGUCAAAACUCGGUUCAAUCCUCAAAAAUGAUGUCUCAAGCAGAUUCUGGGCGGAUAAUACAUCUUGAAAAGAGGAGAGAACGUGCAAAAGAAGAUAUUGAAAAGCAAAGAUUAAAAUUGGAAGAAGAAAAGAAAUCUUCUAGUACAGUUGGUUUAGUAACUUUGGAUGAAGUUAAAGAGAGACAAAAUGAGAUUUAUUCUCUAAAUAAAGAAUUAUCAAAAGUAACUGACGAUAAUGAACAAAAGCCGAGAUUUGAUAGAGUAGUUCAGAAGAGAGUGUUAUCCUUCAAAAAUUUUGAUGAUGAGGAGGAGGAUGAAAAACCAGUUGUUAUAGUAAAGAAACGGUUAGGAAUGGACCCAACUGUUGAUACUUCAUUUUUACCUGACAGAGAACGUGAUGAACAAAUUCAAAGAAUUGGAGCUGAAUGGCUAGAAAUGCAAGAAAAGGAGAAGAACGAAGAAAUUAUGGUUGCAUUUUGUUAUUGGGAUGGAUCUUCACAUCGUAGGGAUUUUAAAACAAAGAAGGGAACGACAAUUGCACAGUUUUUACAAAAAGCUUUGGAUUUAUUUCGGAAAGAAUUUUUGGAAUUGAAAUUGGCAACUGUUGAGAAUUUGAUGUUCAUUAAAGAAGAUUUAAUCAUUCCUCAUUUCUAUACAUUUCAAGAUUUUAUUAAAACUCGGCAAAUGGGAAAAACUGGUCCUUUGUGGCAAUUUGAGUCUGUUGGUGAAAUACGAGUUAGACAAGAUGCUGCUCUUGAUGUUGGAGAAAGCCAUCCAGUUAAGGUUGUUCUACGUUCGUGGUACGAAAAAAAUAAACAUAUUUACCCGGCAUCUCGUUGGGAGCCUUUUGUGCCAGGAAAAGUUUACAAAAGAACAAUCGAUGAUUUAAACACAAUUUAA